AUGAAAGCAAGAAUGGUUCAUAUUAAUGGAACUCAGAUGUCUCAAGCAUAUUCUGUUAAUGGCAAGCAUAUUAAUGCUGUAGAUAGAGCUAGAUUGAAUGAACUUUUAUUAGAUGCGGCAGAGGAGAUGAAAAAUGUCACAGUCUAUUUCGAGCACAGACUUUUGCAAGCGGACAUGGACAAUAAUAAUCUUGAAUUUAUGGUUGCGAAUGAAGAAAAACGAGUUUACCACCACGAUUUGGUUAUUGGAGCAGAUGGUGCUUACUCCAAGAUGCGAUCCCAAAUGAUGCGUCGUAUGAGAAUGGAUUAUAACCAAGAGUAUAUUGAUACAGGCUAUUGUGAAUUAUCUAUGCCUCCCGCUACAGGCCCUGAUGGAAAACCUACAUUCGCAUUGGAUCCAAAUCAUCUCCAUAUUUGGCCAAGACAUACUUUUAUGUUGAUUGCUCUUCCUAACCCCGAUUACUCUUUUACAUGUACGCUCUUCAUGCCAUUCCAAAUGUUUGAGGAUAUAAAGACAGAGGAGCAGCUGAUUCAAUUCUUCACCGAGAACUUUUUAGACUCUAUUCCAUUGAUUGGAGAAGAAUCUUUAAAAAAGGAUUUCUUUGCAAAUCCUCGUGGUUCCCUCGUAACAGUCAAGGCAUCGCCUCACAAUUAUGAAGAUAAAGCACUUAUUAUUGGUGAUGCAGCCCACGCCAUGGUUCCAUUUUAUGGCCAAGGAAUGAACUGUGGAUUUCAAGAUGUAGAGGUACUUCAUCAAAUUUUGGACCGUCAUCAUAUCAAACCUGUUUCCAAGAGCAACAAGAUCGAAGGAUUAAAGGAAGCAUUGGAUGAUUAUUCAAAGACGCGUGUCAAGGAUGCGCAUGCUAUAUGUGAUUUAGCCCUCUACAAUUAUUACGAGAUGAGCCAUGCUGUGACUUCUAUAAAGUUUUUGGCAAGAAAAAAAUUGGAGGGCGUGAUUCAUUAUUGGUUCCCUAGCUUAAUUAUUCCAUUGUACACUAUGGUCAGUUUUUCGACAUUGCCUUAUUCUCGCGCUAUUGAACGUUGGCAUCGUCAGUCUCAUUGGCUGAAUGUAGCCAUGAUUUCUACCACAUUGGCUACAGCUUCGCUUGUAGCCUCGGUCGGAUUCAAAUAUCGUGACCAGUUUUUGCCAACUGUCAGAUCAGCUAUUGAUACAAUGAAGCAUCUUUUUUAG